UUUUUUUUUCUUUUUUUCAAAUUUAAUCAUGUCUGCUUUAACCUAUAGGACUACUAUCUCACCAUCCUUGAAUGAGGCUAGAAAACGAGUACUCCAAUUAUACAGAGACUGGCAACGCGCUGCUCCAAAAGUAGUUUCAAGAUACCUUCUUGAUGUUCCAGUAUCAGCCGUACGAGCAAAAAUUAGAGAAGAAUUCGAAAAAAAUCGAGAUGUGGAAGAUUUACGUGCGAUUGACGUUUUGAUUUUUAAAGGUCGAGCAGAAUAUCAAGAAACUAUAAAUAUUUGGAAAAUGGACACACACAUAAUGAACUAUUUUUCAAAAGAAGAAUCACCACCCAAACCACGAGGAUUUUUAGAAAAUUUUUAUGAAGGUAGAGAUUAAUUACUUUAACGAAUAUAAGUCAAACUUUGCAAUUAUCUGUGGCAGUUUAUAUAUUUCUUUGAUGAGCACGAAGAAUGUUAAAAAGAGCCAAUUUAAGAUAAUGUUUUAUUUGUCAUCUGAUUAAGUUUUCAAUUACGAUGGUUCAAUAAAAAUCAGGACAGGUUAAAAAAUGGUUUAUAAGCACAAUGUAAUUUUUUAAUAAUUUAUAAUUUAUGAUAAUAAAAUGAAACAAUUAAAGAAGUUGAAAUAUAAAUUUCCUUAAAGAUAAAGGAUUCAUGUAAAAGAACUAAUUAAAUUAUAAAUAGUCUCUAAUAAAGUAAUUUAAUUAU